AUGUAUAUGAUUUAUUUUUGCUUGAGAACUGGAUACUAUGAUGAAGCAAGAAAUGUUGCCUUAUCAUCCCGUCCUUCAAAUCAGUUUGCUCCUGUGCUUACAGAGUGGAUUAACACUGGAGGUAUGGUGCCUCCAGAGAUUGCAGCUGCUGCUUCAGAAGAAUGUGAAAAAAUGUUCAGAAUGGGUGAUCGUGUGGGUCGACCUGCAUAUGACAAGAAAAAGUUGUUACUCUAUGCUAUCAUAUCUGGUUGUCGCAGGCAAAUUGAUCGCCUGCUUAGAGAUAUACCAACUCUAUUCAAUACUAUAGAGGAUUUCUUGUGGUUCAAAUUGUCGGCUGUACGGGAUGUACCCAGUGGAGCCUCAUCUGUUAUAUUGAAUGAGGGUCUGGCACCAUACAGUUUGGAUGAUCUGCAGGCUUACCUAAAUAAAUUUGACCCUUCGUAUUAUACAAAGAAUGGAAAGGACCCUCUUGUGUACCCAUAUGUUUUGCUCUUAAGUAUUCAGUUGUUACCAGCUAUCCUAUACUUGUCAAAGGAAGCAGGAGAUGAAGGAUACAACAUUGAUGCUGUCCACAUGUCAAUUGUUCUGGCAGACCAUGGGGUCCUUUAUGAAGGUGCUGAUGCUGGACAAAAACUGGGGUUAAUGGAUGCUUAUGCAGAGGCAUUCAGCAUGAUUAGGCAGUAUGGGUCUGCAUAUCUACGUCUUGGUAAUCUCCAGAUUGCUUUAGAGUAUUAUGCACAAGCUGCUGCUGCAGUUGGUGGGGGACAGUUGUCAUGGACUGGGAGAGCUAAUGCCGAUCAGCAAAGGCAGAAAAGCUUAAUGCUAAAGCAACUUCUUACUGAGCUAUUAUUACGAGAUGGUGGAUUCUAUCUUUUACUUGGUUCAAGAGGUGCUGGAGAGGAAGGUGAAUUGAAACGAUUUUUAACUGAUUUCAAAGCAAGACAACAGUUUCUACUUGAAGCUGCUCGCCAGUGUCAGGAAGCUGGGCUGUAUGACAAAUCAAUAGAAAUUCAGAAGAGAGUUGGGGCGUUUUCAAUGGCACUGGAUACAAUUAAUAAGUGUCUUUCUGAAGCAAUUUGCGCCCUGUCACGUGGUAGAUUGGAUGGUGAGAGUCAGACUUCUAGCCUCAUUCAUUCUGGCAAUGAGAUUUUGGAGAUGGACAAAUAUUAUCCUGAAGUCAGGUUAUUUACUACCUUCAAUUUCCUUAUAUCAGUUUUAGCCAACUUUUUGUAG